AUGGCUCUCUUCCGAAGGUUCUUUUACCGGAAACCGCCCGAUCACCUUCUCGAGAUCUCCGACAGACUCUAUGUUUUUGAUUGUUGCUUCUCCAAAAAUGUGUUGGAGGAAGAGGAGUACAAGGUUUACAUUGGGGGGAUUGUGGCUCAGCUACAGGAUCACUAUCCGGAUGCUUCUUUCAUGGUGUUCAAUUUCAGAGAAGGGCAUAAGCGCAGUCGAAUUUCAGACAUAAUGUCUCAGUAUGAGAUGACAGUUAUGGAGUACCCUCUGCAAUAUGAGGGUUGUCCACUUCUGCCUUUGGAGAUGAUUCAUCACUUCCUUCGGUCAAGCGAAAGCUGGCUGUCUUUGGAGGGGCAACAAAACGUGCUACUGAUGCACUGUGAAAGGGGUGGUUGGCCUGUGCUGGCAUUUAUGCUAGCUGGUCUUCUACUGUAUAGGAAACAGUACAAUGGGGAACACAAGACUCUUGAAAUGGUGUACAAGCAAGCACCUAGAGAGCUUCUCCACCUUUUAUCUCCUUUGAAUCCACAGCCUUCUCAUUUGAGAUAUCUUCAGUACAUUUCCAAGAGGCAUUUGGGUUCUCAAUGGCCUCCAGCAGAAACACCCUUGUAUUUGGAUUGCCUCAUUCUCAGAGUUCUUCCAUUAUUUGAUGGUGGAAAAGGUUGCAGGCCUGUUGUGCGUGUCUACGGUCCAGACCCUUCAAAACCUGCCAACAGAAGUUCUAAGCUGCUAUUCUCAACUGCAAUGACCCAAAAUCAUGUUCGCCACUACCUUCAGGCAGAAUGUAUGCUGGUGAAAAUUGACAUCCAUUGUCAUGUUCAAGGGGAUGUGGUUCUUGAGUGCAUACAUUUAAGUGAAGAUUUUGUUCGUGAGGAGAUGAUGUUUAGAGUCAUGUUUCAUACUGCAUUUGUUCGGUCAAAUAUAUUGACGCUGAGCCGUGAUGAAAUUGAUAUUUUGUGGGAUGCAAAGGAUCAGUUCCCUAAGGACUUCAAAUUUGAGGUGCUUUUUUUGGAUUCUGAUGCUGUCAUACCUAAUCUCACCUUUGUCAAUGUGAGUGGAGAUGCAAAUGACACAGAAUGUGCUUCACCUGAGGCUGAGGAAUUCUAUGAAGCCGAAGAGAUCUUCAGCAAUGUAAUUGAUGCACAGGAAGUAGAUGAUGGAAGUCAUAAAGAGGUCUGGAAAGAGCAUUCAGAUUCUCAUACUUUUCAGGAUUCCAUGUUAGAUGAUGGGACUCAUCAACAGGUUGAUGAUGUGAAGUACAAGCUUGACCAGAGGUUGGUAUCAGAUACUCAUGCAGUGAAGGAUAUUGCAGUGGAUGAUGGAGCCACUUUUAUGAUAAAGGAAGUCAUUGUGAAUACGCAUGAUGAGUUGGUGGUUAUGCAAAACAAGUAUGGUGAAGAUAACAAUGAAACAGAAAAAGAGUUAGGGUCUGAGGAAGGGCAGCGGGUGCUUGAUCUUUCCAGACCAAAAUAUGAUAAAUUACUUCCUUCUGCCGAAAAGAAACAACUUCCUUCAAACUCAAAGCCUGUGGGAGAUCCAUUUGUAGCAAAGCAAAAGACUAAACAUGAAGAACCACAUGGUUUUCAGGCAAAACAAACAAAACCCUAUGCAACAACUACGUGGAUUCCUUCUAAUAAGGGUUCUUAUCAAGAACCAAUGCAUGUCUCAUAUCCACCAUCAAGGAAUAAUAAUUCACCAGCUACACUGUCAAAUGUCACCUCUGCAAAGGACAAAAUUAUUGAUGCCAAAGGAAAAUCUACUUCAGGUUCUCAUGCCUCAGAAACAAUUGUUUCUAUGGACAUGACAAAUGAUCUGAAAAGCUGUAGGGAUAAUUCCAAAUCUUCAGACAACAUAGCUGAAAUAGACUCAAACCCUCAACUAUCAUCAUUACUCAGAGUCAAAGAGACAUCUCUUCAGUCACCACAACAAAGCUACGGCCGAAUGUUACAACUUCAUCCUCCUCCACCUCCUCCACCUCCACCUCCACCUCCACCUCAAUUUCUUGAACAAAAUAGAGUCAUAUCUCGUCUACCACCACCACCACCACCUCCUCCUCCUCCUCCUAUGUCGUCUACAAAUGGAGCUCCACUCCUUCCACCCUCAAAAUCUCCAACACCAUUUAAAGCUUCAUCUCGUGCAUCCCCACUGCCACAUACACCUCAAUCUCCUUUAAGUAAAUCUCCACCACUGCCUCCUCCUUUAAGUACUGCUCCACCACCACCACCUCUUCCUCCUUCUUUAUGUAGAGCCCCACCUCCACCACCACCUCUUCCAUCAUCAAGUGGAGCACCACCUCCACCACCACCUCCUUCAUUGUCUAGAACUCCACCUCCCCCGCCUCCAACUCGUGGACCACCACCACCUCCAAUGCAUGGAGGCCCAUCUCCUCCACCACCUCCAGCUGGCCGAGGCCCACCUCCAACAGGAUCUCGGGCUCUUGGUGCUCUUGCUUCUCUUGGACCUCUAGGUGGUGCUCCUUUUCCACUAACUGGAACUGAUCCAAGGGGGAGAGGACGUGGACCUGCACGUUCUACAGGUGCUGGUGCUAUGGCAACUCGGAGAUCUUCCUUAAAGCCUUUGCAUUGGAGUAAGGUAACAAGGGCAUUGCAAGGAAGUUUAUGGGACGAAUUACAAAGACGUGGAGAACAUCAAAUAUCACAAGAGUUUGACGUUAUGGAGAUAGAGAAGCUUUUUUCUGCAAAUGUUCCAAAACCUGCUGAUUUGGAUGGUAAAUUUGGUGGGCGGCGCAAAUCUGUUGGAUCCAAAACUGACAAAAUUCACUUGAUUGAUCUAAGGAGGGCCAAUAAUACUGAAAUUAUGCUCACAAAGGUUAAGAUGCCACUUCCUGAUAUGAUGGCUGCAGUACUGGCUAUGGAUGAUUCAGUGUUAGAUGUUGAUCAGGUGGAAAAUCUCAUUAAAUUUUGUCCUACCAAAGAGGAGAUGGAGCUUUUGAAGGGAUACACUGGUGAUCAGGAGAAUUUGGGGAAGUGUGAAAAGUAUUUUUUGGAGCUGAUGAAAGUGCCAAGAGUGGAGUCAAAAUUCAGAGUAUUCGCUUUCAAGAUUCAGUUUGGGACUCAGAUUACAGAGUUUAAGAAGAGUUUAAAAACAGUGAACUCUGCCUGUGAAGAGGUUCGAAACUCAUUCAAACUGAAAGAGAUUAUGAAGAAAAUUCUUUAUUUGGGUAACACAUUGAAUCAAGGAACAGCACGGGGAUCUGCUGUUGGAUUCAAGUUGGAUAGUCUUUUAAAACUAACCGACACUCGUGCCUCAAACAGUAAAAUGACACUGAUGCAUUUUCUUUGUAAGGUCCUAGCUGAAAGGUUUCCUGGACUCCUUGAUUUUCACCUUGACCUUGUUAGCCUGGAAGCAGCCACUAAGAUACAAUUGAAGUCAUUAGCAGAAGAAAUGCAAGCAAUCAUCAGAGGGAUAGAAAAGGUUAAACAGGAGCUUUCUGCAUCUGAAAAAGAUGGUCCCGUGUCUGAAGUUUUUCGUAAGACAUUGAAGGAAUUCAUUGCUGUUGCAGAGUCAGAGGUGGUAUCUGUAACAAACCUAUAUUCUGUGGUGGGUAGAAACGCAGAUGCACUUGCCCUAUAUUUUGGUGAGGAUCCUGCCCGUUGUCCUUUUGAGCAAGUUACUGUAACUCUCUUGAAUUUUACAAGGUUGUUUCUAAAAGCACAUGAAGAAAAUUGCAAACAAGCAGAGUUAGAGAAAAAGAAAGCUGAUAAAGAGGCUGAAAUGGAGAAGGUUAAAGGCAUUAACUUGAUAAGGAAGAGUGGAAAAGAUGAAGAAGAAGAAGAAAGCUGAGAAAGUGGUCGAAGUGUAGAAGGUUAAGGGCAUUCACAUGUCGAGGAAGAGGGCAAAGAUAGGUGAAGACUGGGUUGUCUGAUCCUUUGCACCAACAUCAUUCUCUUGCCAAAGACAGAGAUCUACCUGUGGGCAGUAAGGGGACUGCUUCCGACAUUGAGUUAAGUAGCCCCUUUGUGACAAUUAGCCUUUCAAGGUAAUCUAAUGAAGUGGAAUGACAAAUUAUUUCCACCUAGAGACCUUUGAACAUAUAAAAAGAUUUGAGAGUGAUGACAUGUUGAAUCAGAUUGUUGCUGAUCAUUCACAGAAGAAUACUCUUGAAAGGCCAAAUUUAGACCCAGCAUGGAUGCUUCUCAUGAUCACCUGAGAAUCAUCUGCAUCCAGUGAAUUCUAUGAUAAUGGAUCUGAUCCUUCGAUUAAUAAGAAAUUUUGAAAAAAUAUGCUUCUAUUGCAGUAGAGCUGGCUUUGGUUUUCAUCAUACAUUUGGGAUAUUAGUCCAGCACCAAAGCUAAUGUUGUACCAUGAAACCUUGUACAAAGAUCGAGCCCUUUCUCAUGUAAAAUAGAAACUAGUUUUAAGUAGACAUUUUAGCGUGACACCCCAAGAGCAUGUUGUAUAGCUGUCAGGUUAAGAAUUAGAAAUCAGGUCUCUGUACUGUAACUGUAACACAGGUGAAGAGAAGGACGAGAUAGAAAUGCUAGUUUCAUUUAUCUUGUGAAAUGCAAUACACAUUAGUGUGAAGUUCAAAAGCUUGUUGCAUUCAGUUGUCCCAGGGAUGGAGUGUGUGCACACAUUUUGGUAGUAGAAAGACGUUUUUCAAUUCCAUUUAGAAUUGUUGUGGCACAACAGGCACUGCCAGAGUCACUAAAACCAAGUUUGUAAAAGUCCAAAUGCAGAAUUAUAUUUACAUUGCAUUCUUAGGAGUGA